AUGGCCCACCGCGCCGCUCCCAACGGCGGCAGCACGGCCGGCGGCCCCUCCUCGGAGCCGGCGCUGAAGGAGGCCGGCGGCGGCUCCGCGGCGCGCUCCUCGUCGUCCUCGCCGCCUUCCUCCUCCUCCUCCUCCUCCUCCUCCUCCUCCUCCACCCCGAGCUCGGCCAUGGAGACGGGGCUGCUCCCCAACCACAAGCUGAAGAGCGUCGGAGGCGAUCGCCCCGCCGCGCCGCCCCACCACCACCGUGCCCACCACCCGCACCACCAUGCCCACCACCACCAUGCCCACCGCCCGCACCACCGCCACCACGCUCCGCCGCAGCCGCUGAACCCCUUCCCGCCGCCGCCGCCGCAGCAGCCGCCGCCUCAGCACCAUCCCGCGCAGAAUAGCAGCGGCAGCCUCGGCGGCGGCGGCGGCGGCAACAACAACGGCGGCGGCGGUGGCGGCGCUGCGCAGCCCGGCGCAGACAUGGAGCAGCAGCAACAUGGAGGAAAAGACGGCGUCCUGGGCGCUCCGGCCGAGCCGCCGCAGCAGCCGCCGCAGCAGAUGCUGAAUAAAGGCGCCGACGAGGAGGAGAUGCCCGGCAAAAUGGGCGAGCCCAUCGGCGGCCGCUACGAGCACCCCGGCUUGGGACCCCUGGGCGGACAGCAGCAGCCCCAGCAGCCGCCCCCGAGCGCCGGGAGCGGCGGCGGCCUCGGCGGCGGCGGCGGUGGCGGCGGGGGAGGCGGUGGCGGCGGCCCCUCCGCGGUGGGUGUCUCGGAGUUCAACAGCUAUUAUGGCAACGCUGCCCCUGCCGCUGCCAGCAGCGCUACGGCGAGCCGCGCCGGGCCUUGCUUUGAUCAACAUGGCGGACAACAAAGCCCCGGGAUGGGGAUAAUGCACCCCGCGGCGGCCCCCAACAGCAUGGACCCCCUGCAGAACUCGCACGAAGGGUACCCCAACAGCCACCGGGCGGCGGCAUGA